AUGGUCAGGGAUGUCAAAGAUUAUCAAGGUGCAGAGAUAUUUUGCCUGAAUUCAGGGGUAUUUCGGGGACCAAGACGAGGAUCUAAGGCCCCAGUCGCUGAUGGUUCAUUAUCAAAGGAACCUGCCGUGGAUAUCGACAAAAAGAAGACGCUUUUUAUGGUGCUGCUUCAGGAGUAUCUGAAUAUGGCGCAGGAUCAGGGAGGCAUGGCACUGACGCUCUACUUGCUAGACUCUCAGUCGUCAUAUCUCGAUCUCUCCGAGGUCAUCGAUUUGUUGCCAUCGUUCUGGUCGGUAGAACUACUUCAGCAGUACCUGUUGCGAUCACUACGGAGGUCCUAUCACGAAUUUAAGGAAAUGCAGAUUGUCAAAGGACUCUCGCUGGGAGAAAACCUGAGGAUAUGCGAGGAGCUCUUUCAGCUAUACGAAACCCAAGGACCGGUUGUGAUCACAGCGGAUGACAUUUGCCAUGUAUGUGGAAUUGCUGUGGCCGACUCCGUCUUCAUGCGUACUGUCGAUAUGAAGACUAUCCAUCUGCACUGUGGAUCUUCCUCUGACUCUCAGCCCUUGGGAACCACGGAUGGACCUGAAUAA